AUGCGUAAAGGAAAACGAAAUGGAUGUUUGAUCAGGAAGCUGACUGAUAAUGUUUUCGUUACUGUUGUUGUAUCCAUUCAAUACCAGGCGAUGGAAGACAAAACAAGUGAUUGCCCUUAUAAGCUGAGCAACCCAAAUGCUCAAAUUCAAUCAUACAUCUUUGAACUUAUAAGGGCAACUGUUCCCAAACUAGAACUGGAUGAUACUUUUGAGCAAAAGAAUGAAAUAGCAAAGGCUGUGGAGGAGGAGCUUGAAAGGGCAAUGUAGAUUGUGCAAACACUCAUUGUUGAUAUUGAACCAGAUGAAAUUAAAAGAGCUACGAAUGAAAUCAGUGUUGCUGCAAGACUGCGUGUUGCGGCAAAUGAGAAGGCAGAGGCAGAGAAAAUCAUUCAGAUCAAAAGGGCUGAGGGUGAGGCUGAAGCCAAGUAUCUCUCUGGUCUAGGAAUUGCACGGCGACAAGCCAUAGUUGAUGGGCUAAGAGAUAGUGUACUUGGCUUUAGUGGCAACGUGACUGGGACUUCAGCUAAGGAUGUCAUGGAUUUUGGCACCAUGAAAGAAAUUGGUGUAGCAUCCAAAUCUUCUGCAGUUUUCCUCCCAUAUGGUCCUGGUGCUGUUGCAGAUAUUGCCAGUCAAACCUGAGAUGCAUUUCUUCAGGCAG